AUGACAACUCAAUCGAGUAGUGAUGCGACGCAAGAGUUGUCUCAAUCACACUAUGACCUGAUCUUGAGCAAGAGUCGGAUUGAAGGUCAGCUUCAAGAGCAGGAACAAAAUCGGGCCUUACAUCCGGUCUGGCAAAAGGACUUUGAAAGAGGCGAUGACGCUGGAGGCACUCAGCACGAAGGUGACACAGGGUUCAUCGACCUAAUGUCCUCUUUUGAGAAUGAGAAGCAUGACCAGGAACCAGAGGCUGCCGUCGAGCAAACUUCAGAUCAAGAUCAGCGCCAGCGUGGGACCGACUCCGACGACAAGGAGCCAGAGCAUGAGCAGGAGGACUCUGAACCUAUUGAGGUUGACUUCUCUCCCACACAGCCAACACAAUCACACGCCGCACUUUCCCAGUUCCCUGAAUCCCAACGGUUCAAGACACCGGUGACGGCCGGCAAGAAGAGAAGGUACAAUGGAGAGAUCGUUGAGAGUCCGGAUCUACCACGCAACAUUCGGCCGCUACUGCGAGGAGGCGAGGACAACGCUAUCCCCAUGGGUCUCAGUCAGGCAUUUGGAGCAACCCAAGCUAAUACCUCUCCGUUCGUUGGAGAACUUGGGAAUGGACGGAUUGACUCAGACCGACCCUCACCAGAUAUCCAUCUGCAGCAACGUCCUAUGACGGCCACUUCUUCAUCACCCCUGCGGCCUCUGUCCACUAUCAAGAGACCCGAUAGAGCCGGAACUGAACCGCUUGAUCACUAUAUAUCGUCCAAGGAGUCGCAAGCUCGCCGGGAGGAUGCCCGUCGUAAACAGCUCGAGGAUAUGUACGCCGAAGAUGGGAGCCCUGGUGAGGAUGACUUGGAACUCCAGGAGGAUAGCUGGUAUGCUAGAGACAGAAGAGAGCGCGAGAGAAGCCGGAGGAUACAGGCACAGCUGACGUCCUCCUCGCCUCCCGUGCCUUCCACACGAGGUGUCUCCAUAUCGAAAUCAUCGCCCCUCCGACCUCCAGCCAGACGAUCAUCUCCGAUCAGGAUGCGAGCCUCGAAGCAGCCCAGGCGCAAUCGUGAAUCAAGCCCACCAAGACCCGAUCCCCGGUCUCAAGUGACAGAAAGCGAAGAGGAGACGGAACAGGAGGACAAUAAAGAUAUUGAACCAACGGCGUCGAGCCAGUCGUCGGCGCCUGUUGAUGAAGAAGACAAGGAGAAUGUCUCGGAUAGGGCUAUCCAGAUACCCGCGACCACCAUCGACCUGCACCGACUUACACAGGGUCCGCCUUCUCAGGUGCAAGAAAGUCCCCUUCUGCGACGCGGGCUGACAUUCGACGAAGGGGGCUUAUCUGUGGCUUUAAACAGCUCACAAGUCUUUGCCGUUGCUGAUUCUCAGCCACAGCGAUCAAUCAAACCACCACAGGCAGUUGCCCAGGUUACUCGAUCAUCCGUUGCUGAUGACGGCCCCGAUUUUGUUCCCCAGUCCCCAGACACUACGCCGCAGCCGACUGCUCCAAUAAGUCGAAAUCAUCCUUCAACCACUUUACCUACUCUGACCACGGGAUCAACAGCCGAGCAGCAAAGUGAUGCUGUUGUCGAUCCCGUCGCUCCUGUGUCGAGCCCGCAAGCACGUCAGCCGCUAAGCAGCACGAUCCCGGAGACUAGUUCUAAUGAACCUCGAGAUCAGAGUGGGAAAGCGUCCGAGGACACGCCGAGGACUUGCGAUGCUGAGAGUCGGCCCGAGUUCGAAACAGCCGGAACUCACGUCCAGCCCCCCUCCUCCACAGUGGUUCAUCAACCUACGGCAGUCGAACUGAGUAGCCCGCCAAUUUCCACCACUCCGCCAGGCAGGAGACGACAACGCCUUUUAGACAUUCAAGGGGACCCAUCUCCACAGAAAUCGCAGUCCAGCUUCGACGCAACUGCACACCUGCGGUUGGAAAUACAUGGAAGUCCUACACCCAUGCGCACAUCAGUAACAGCAGCAAUUAAGACAAAACUACCAGACCUUGCUUCGGAAGGUGCUCGAAACGGAGUUUCCGCGAGAGGAGAUGUGCUCCACGGAGCUCCUGAAUCUCCUGAGAUCCAAGAUGAAGCUAAGACCGGUGUUGAAGCACAAGAACAACAUGGUCUCCAGAAACAGUACGUGCAGCCUUUGUCACCAGUCGCAACGUUUCCCGAGCGAGAUAGACGGUCUACAGCCAAGGGUCUGAGGGCUCGCAGCUUCGAGACCAGCCGUGCAGGUCCUCGGCGGAGAAGUUCCCAGUACGACCUUCCCGAGUCCUCAGAACGCCGGGUCAACUCUGCCAGCAAACGCACAGCGAAGCUCAAGCGAAAGAUCCAAAGCACGGACAAUCCAUCAGAUCGUGCGCCUGAUGCCAACAAGCGACUCAAGUUGACAAAGAGCAAUUCUGCACCAGAUGUUUCCCUGCCGAGCAACCCUGCGCAGCCACAAGACGACAUACCAGACCAUCCGGCCUUGGAUAACCAAAACCGUGUACAUGAUUCACAUCAACUGGAGGGCGACAACGAUGUUGCCGAUGGUGUGGACGAAGACCUGGUCGCACCAAAUAUGGUGUUUGCCGCCUUUAAUGGCAAAAGUCGAACAUACUACCCUGCUCUUUGCCUCGGUCGACCUGCCACUGACUCCGGUCGUUUUACAAUACAAUGGGAAGGCUACGCUCCCGACGAGGUCGACGAAUACGGCGUGCGUAGCCUAGAUCUGCGAGUAGGCGACCAGGUCAAGAUAGACAUGGAAGGCUUUCCGAAAGUCUCACAUGUCAUCAGAGGGUUUAAAGAUAAGAUUUCACGAGGUAAUGUCGAUUCUGGUCAGUUUGUCGUGACUGAUAUCCACGGCUACCAGACUCUCCUCGUGGCACCAAAGCAACGCAAAAGUCUACCGGUUGAGAUUUCGACCGAGGGCGUGAAAAAGGUGCCUGUAUCCGCGAUAUACCUAGACACGAUCAUGUGGGGACAAAUGAAGGACCGAGUCUACGAGGGCAAGUCUUCUCUCUAUGAAGCCAGAUCCAUGGCCAGGUCGACCCCGGUGCCUCAAAUAUCCUCUUCUUCCCGUCCAAGCCCUCCGCCAUCACGCAGCAGACGAGGAGUUGCAGUUCCCGUUCCACCUAUCUCAUCGACUAUUGUCCGCCCCAACGGCUUGUUUAGCAAUAUGGCGUUCGCAGUCUCUCACUACGACAAUCCAACGAAGGCAAGACUUGUCGCUCUAGUCCAAGAGAAUGGUGGUAGCAUCCUCGAAGAAUCUUUCACAGAUCUCUUCGAGGUUGACUCCAUUCAACUCAAGGAUCACUACGCCGACGUGGGCUUCACCGCGCUUCUAACAGAUCGCCAUAUGCGCAAUGUGAAGUACUCCCAAGCACUGGCACUUGGCCUGCCUUGUCUAAGUGGUAGAUGGAUCGAGGCAAGUGUGCAGACGGGCAGACUAGCCGAUUGGAGUUCGUACCUCCUUGCUGCUGGCGAGAGCACCGAACUUGACGGAGCUGUAAAGUCACGGCUUCUACAGCUCCCAUCGAGCAUUCAAGGCCUGGAGUUGAGAGACAUGCUCGACCUGAGAGCCAAAAUCCUCCACAACUCACGAGUCGUGUUCGUCAUGGGCAAGGGCAAAACAAGAGAGGAUCGCAAGCCGACUCUUUUCCUGAUCAGAGCGCUCGGGCCAAGCCAGGUCAUUACCGAAACACAUAUCAGCGGCGCGAAGGAGAUCGUUCAGUCUGCGGAGCAAAGUAAAGAGCCGAUCGACUACGUGGUGGUUGGUGAUAGUGAAACUCGGGCUGCGAAAAAACUGUUCUCAUCGGAAGCGACCACCCCUCGAAAGGAAGAGAAAGGUCACAAAAAGGGCAGACCGAAGAAAGGACGAGUCCCAGGUCAUCUUGACACUGCCGCGAAGCAGGAGCUGGAUGGUGUUGGGGAAAGACCACAGAUCAUCUGCAAGGCGGAUAUUAUCCAGAGUCUGAUUCUGGGGAAAUUGUGGAUAGGGAAGACAUGA